AAUUAAAAAAGUCUAUUUCCUUAUUAUUUUGACUUUAUUAAUCAAUAAUAGUGAUAGAAGUGAAAUUAUUUCUGAUCAUAGUUUGGCUAUAAUAUAAUAUCACUUAAAUUCAUGAAAAAUCAUGGACUUCGAAAGUCCUGAUGUAGAAAAAGAUUUUCCAGGUCUAUACGCAUCUGAAUCUGGACGAAAAAGUAACGAAAGCGAUUUCAGUGACGGUGCCGAGCAUGAAAAACCAAGCAAGAAGGAUCUUCUCGGACGUCGUAAAGAUAAGAAAGAAAAGAAAGACAGAGGCUAUGCUGCUUUAGAAGGGGAAAGUUCUCCGGAGGAAGACACAGAUACAAAAAGUCCAUCCAAAACUAAGAAAACAAAAUCAUUUAAGUUCCCCACUAAAAGUAAAGAAAAGAGAGAGAAAUCAAGAGACAAAGAAAAAGUUCUUGAUGAUGCAGUAAAACAAAAAGAACUGAGUGAAAAGGAAAAGAAAAAAGAAAAGGAAAGGGAGAAAGAAAGAGAAAAGGAACGAGAGAAAGAGAAAAAGGAAAAGGAAAAGAAGGGAAAACUGAAAGAGAAAGAUAAGGAAAAAGAAGAGAAAGCAAAGUUUAAACUCGAAUCGAAAGAGAAAUUAAAAGAUGAUAAGAAAGAGAAAAUCAAAGAUAAAGAUAAAGAAAAGGAAAAAGUAAAAGAAAAGGAUAAAGACAAGAAGGAUAAGAAGCUUACGAAAAUGCCGUCCACUGUCACGUCUGGGGUACCCUUCGAGGAGAUAUUUACUUUGGGUGUUGCGCUUCCAAUAUUCGGCGUGCCGUUGCAACAAUCCGUGGAACGUUCUAGAUGUCACGACGACACCGGUCUACCUCUCGUAGUAAGAAACAGCAUAGACUACCUACAGGCACACGGUCUGAAAUGUCCACAAAUAUAUCGUGCUGAGCCGGACAAGAUCAAACUCCAACAACUGCGCAAGCUUUACACAGACAGAGGCCCGACCUUCCCCUACCACUGGGACGUGCCCGUCGCGUGUGCUAUGCUCAAAAGUUUUAUAAGCGAACUUCCAGAAUCAAUCCUCACCCAGGAGUUUCACGGGCAGUUAGAGCAGACCACAGCUAUGUCUGAACCUCAACGGGAGGCGUCAGUUCGCUCGAUACUGGCUAGACUGCCGGCUGUUAACCACAGCCUGCUGGGCUGGCUCGUCAGACACCUGGAAGAAGUGCUGGCCAAUGAAACGGUAAACCAUGCGAAUAUGUCAACUAUCUUGACCUUCAUGUGCCCCGCCCUCAACAUGACUCACAAUCUUCUGAGCUACUUCAUCACUAAGGCGGACAAGUUAUUCCCCGACAUACGGCUCACAAAAUAUGUUCCUCCACUCCUCGCGAUUCCUUCGGACUUCCCAGAAACCGCUCCAGAAAUAAGCGAGGAGCUUCGCAAACAGGAAUCUCUACUGAACCAGAUACAUGCUGAGAUGCACGCCGGAUUUAUUACGGGAGCAAGGGACCAACAACUGUGGGAAGCACAAAGGAUUGUUACCCAGCUCAAGAGGAAACUUCGUGCUGUCCAGAAAUCUGUGGAGUUGAAUACAGCCCCGAUCAGCCAACCAUCCGUAGAAGAAAAACCUGAGGAAGAAAACGCGAGGCGGAACUCCUGCAACGAACAAUCCGAGGACUUGGAUAAACCUCAGCUGACAGACGCGUUCCUAGAGAUUAAAGAAUCUCCAGCAGAUCCGACGUUUCCGGUCGAAUUUGAAGAUAAUUUCGAUUUCAAACCGCCUGAAACUAAUUUUGAAUUUAAACCGGAAGAGGAUAAAUUUGACUUCAAAACGCCCGAAAGCAGUUUCGAUUUUAAGACACCGGAUGACAAAUUCAAUUUCGAACCGGCUGAAGACGAAUUUGACUUCAAACAUGAACAGGUCGAGGCCGAGCCGGAUUCGGUGGUCGAAAAGCCGAAAUUCACGGAAAAGGAAUUGCAAGUACUGAGACUACAGUUGGAAAACGCUGAAUACCAACAACUAAAAUCAUUACUACAAGCCAAAAUCAACUCCGAGCAGUUUGAAAUAGUUAAACUGAGAAGCCACGUCACGUUAAAGAAUAAACAGGAAGGGAACACACAGAACAAUAAAGAAAAUAAAGACAUGAACACACCAGAGGAACAAGAAUUGAAACAGAAGCUGCUCAAAGAAAACGCCAUGUUAGAACAGAAGAGAAUAAAUUUGAUCAACCAAAUAUUCCAAGAGAGAGUCGCUUGUAUACAACUCAAGAUAGAACUGGCGAUGAAGGAAAUAUUAACUAAGUCAUAGAUUAAAAAAUAUAAUAUAAUAGACGUAUGUUAUGAUACCGUUAUUUUUAAUCUGCAUAUUCCGUUGUGUUAUUUCACAAUUAAUAUUUAUUGUAAUCGUAACAAUAUAAACUAUUCACGUUU